CACAGGCGGCAUUAUCAGACGGCAACUUCAGUUGCAAGCGAGCGCUCACCGUGUGUGUCUCGUGUCUCUCGGGCGGCAAACAGCAAUAGCAACUUGCAACUUGCAAUAGCCAGCAACGUGCCACAGCCAGCAGCAACUAGCAACAUAAAUUGCGUGUUUUUUUGACUUUGACUUUGGGCCACAAGCGGUUUUGAGUUUGAGUCUCGAACUUUGAGUUUUCCGCGCGCGUUUUUCUCAAAUCGAUUCGAAGGACCGGGCGACUGUUGAGUGUUUUGUUUUGGUUUUCGUUUGUGUUGCAUUGUCACGUGCCCGACCAUUUGUUUAUUUGUUUUUUGUUGCUGUGUUGUGUGGUGCAUGAGCAUUAAGUCAGCGUCCAAAAGAACAGCCAAGCCAACGUGCAGCAUUUGCUGGACUUCUUUUGAAAUUGAAAACAGAAAUUCGUUUUCAAAGCUGCAGCAUUAGAUGGACUUCCCAAAAAAGAGCUAGUUACCAGUUUCAACAAUAAUUGCAAGCGAAGCAAAUUGCAACUGCAUAGAAUACGUUCGUGGGGCAGGAGCAAAAACACUUGCAACUGUUGGAGGCGAGGAAAUCCAAAUCCAGAAACCAGAGACAGGAAAACACAGCGGCAAACCAAAGUGUUGCAUACUUGGCACAAAUAGAAUAGCGUGAGCGAAGAUACGGAUACGAAUAUACGUACAGAUACAGAUACAUAUCCGCCACUCCAUAGACGCAGAGGAGCGGCAACAUGCCGUCGUCAGCAAUAAAUAAAGCAGCACGCAGUGUUGCCAAUGCGAUUCAAUUGCUGGCAAUCGUUCUCUAUUGCUGCUGCAUGGUGCAUGGACAACAGCAGCAGCAGCAGCAGCAGCAGCUACAACCACAACAGCAGCAACACUUGAAGUACCAGCAAUUGCAAUACCAAAUGCAGCAGCAAUAUGAAUACCAGCAGCAGCAGCACUACCAGCAGCAGUUUCAGCAGCAGCAGCAGCAACAGCAGCAACAGCAGCAGCAGCUGCAACAGCAACAGCAGCAGCAGCAACAUCUGACACCCACGGCAGCACUUGCCCAGCAGCAGCAGCAGCAUGAGGAGCAAAUCGACUUGCUGUCCACUCAACCAACUCAGCUGCUGCAGACAGGUGUUUCCCUGAUUGUGGAGGAUUCAAAGGGCUCGGGCGAUGGUAGCGGAAGUGGAAUUGGUGCCACAUCCAACCGUCGUCGUACUGCUCAGUUGGCAACUCGUAAGCGGAAACGACGCCCCCAACUUCCGCUGGCCACAAUGGGGGCCACGGAGGAGGAUUCUGGUCCAGAACCGACAUCAGCUUACUGGCGCGGUCAUGUGGAGGAUGAUGCAGACGCACUGCGAAGAAGGAAUCAACCCUUGGUGAGGGAACCCAUGGCCGCUCUCGAAAGAGAUCGCGAACGGGAGAAACAGCGCAAGCGAGUAGAGCCCACGGAUGCCAGUCCGCAGGGCAGUAGUCCCAGCAAAGCCUAUCGUCGCCCAUAUGGCCAGGCCAAAAAGGAACCCAUUGUCGAUGCUGGCGCUGCGACACCUACCAAAACUUCUGUGGAUUUGAAGAACAUCCUGAAGAAUUCCGGAGGUCUGAGUCUCAGUGAAAUCCUGCAGCAGAAAAAUCUUUCGUUGGACGAUCUGCUCAAGGGUAAACAGAAUGCUCUGUUGGCACUGCAAACCACAGCCGUUGCCCCACCAGCCUCCACGUAUUCCUCCCCAGGCUCACGAGCGGAUCCCCCGAAAAAGCUGUCUAACCAACAGAACAAACAGGGUGUGCGGAGAUUGCCUGCUGCGUAUACCACAACUAGCACCACUGGCAACGAUGAGGAUGAAUCCGUGAUAGCCAAAAACAAGGCCAAAUUCCCUAACGCCCUGCAGCGCCUUAAGCUCUUUGGCAGCUCUUCGCGGGAGAGCGGCACUACAAGACGCAUUUUGGGUGGAGUCAAUGGUCACAGUAGCACCACCAUGGCCACCAGCACCACUGCAAGUGCAAGCGCCACUAGCACCACCACCCGGGUGCCACUCUACAAGAAGCGGCAGCAUCUUCGGUCCACCCUAAAGCCACCAGGACUUUUCAAGCCGAUCACUAGCAGCACCACUAGCACCACCACAGCAACGGCAGUGACCACCACUCAGGAAGUGGAAACUAGCACCGCUUACUCCUACUCCACUAGCACCACGGUGGUUAAUAACGUGGAGGAAAGUCGUGAGGAGGAGAGGGAAAACUCGGAGGAAAGCGAACGGGAAGAUGAGCAGGAUCAGGAACAAAGUCAGGAGAAUCAGGAGAACCAGGAGGUGGUGGAACCCGAUUCCAGUGAGGCAGAGUCUGGAGAAGGCAUUCCGCCCACCGAGACACCAGAACCACCAGCUGCUCCUUCCUUUGCGCCCGGAAGUCCGCGCUAUCGUCUGCGAAAUUCCAGUGUGAAAGAGAAUCAAAAGCGAUUAAAGGAUAACUUUAUAGGGAGCAAUAAUGGAGAGAGUAGUGAGGAGGUGGAUCCGGUUGAGGCUUCACCUAGUUCUACCACAUCAGCUACACCAUCAAACAAAAACAGCGAAGAACUUAAUUACGGAGAGGACGAGCUGGAGAACUUUUUCGACGAAGUGGAGAGUCACACGCAUCACACUCGCGUGCCAGCACCACCAGCACUUGCGCCUGCACCACCAGCAAGGUCGCCCACUCCUGCAGCAGCAGCACCACCACCUCCACCACCACCACCCUCUCCCUCCUAUGAACCACCACCACCGUCCUAUGCACCACCACCUUCUUUAUCGGCGGCAAAGCCACCGCAAUUGAAUGUCAUAGACGAUGUGGACGACCGCACCGAUCUGCUGGAACUCAUUGAGGAUCGGCGGUCGGGUAAUCGACUGUUUAAGGUUCUGGAGCAGCGCAACAUGACCCUGGAGGAGCUGAUCGAGCACCGCAAACGCGGCUCUAGCCAACUGCAUCUGUCCACCAUCGUGAACGGCGGCGAUGAGCACUCGCGUCUGUAUCCCGGCCAGAAGGUUCUGCUGCAGGAUAACAUGGACAUUGUUACGGCCUUCGAGAACUUUCCGCACUUUAAUCUAAUGGAUCUGAAGAGCGUCAAGCCCGAUGAGAUCAAGACCGACUCGCAAGGCUCAAGCUACUUCACCUCCAUCAUCGAUAUCGAGCCAAAUGACGAGGUCAAACCGAUGGGAAGUCGAGGUCCCGCCUACGCACAGACAUCUUCCUCAUCGGCGACCAUUGGAGCCGGAACUGGAACCAUUUCGAUCAAUUCGCGUGGCGAAAAGUCGCUGGGAUUCUUCCCGUCGUGGAAGACGCUGGCACUCGCCUCCUUGGCCACGGCCACCGAGGAGAGGAAUCCUUAUUUCCUGCCACCGCCUCGACUGCUGCUCGACGGAAGUUCCCAGGAGGCGGACUCCAACGUUGAUUCGGAGCCCACCAGCAUUGACAUUGAUCUAAGCGUGAGUCCUUAUGGCGGCAACUCCUCCUCGAUGGCGGAUAACAGUCGGCUGCCGCCGAAUAACGAUGUGAUCGAUGAGAUCGAGAACGAGGUGGCGCGGGCACACGAUCUCCUGGAUCUGGAGCUCUCCGGUCCGGGAUUCCAUCGCAGUCCUGCUGCAGCGGCGGCCACAUCCGCCGUAUCGCAGCAGCAUUUGAGCAGCUUGUACGCCAGCAUGCCAUCCGGGAUCAAGUCCGCGAUUGUGGCCAGCACGGCGAUAGUGGUCACCGCGUUGGCCACCUUCCUGGUCAUCUUCGUCGUGUGCCGAUGGAAACAGCAGCGCAGGAGAAAGAGCAGCUACCUGCGCACCUACAAUGCGAUGAAGAGCAAGCUGCCGCAGAUGGCGCAGCCAUCGCGUCGUUCCUCGAUGCGCCAGCACAUGGAAGAGCUGGUCAUUGGAUCCAGUUCGGGAACAGGGGCUGGAUCUGGAUCAGGAUCGGGAUCUAAGACGGGCAUAGCCAGCAUCUCCACUUCGGUGGCCUGUUGCACGCCCGUUCAUCAGCUGCAGCGGCAGAGUUCAAUGCUCUUUGCCCGCGAUGGAUCCGCCACGAUGAGCACCGCCACCUCGCUGACCACGAAUAGCACCACGAAUACCACCAUUACAACGGGGGCGCAGCCACCUGCUCCACCGGAGGCGCUGAGUGGGCGUGGCCUGGCCAUUUCGCUGAGAAGUGCUCAACAGAAGCUGAACACAAUGGAUCCCAGUUCGCCGGAGGUGCAGGAAUAUCUAUUCGACACACUGCGCAAAUCCUUCGACAAUUAGGCAAUAGGCAGUAGGCUCCUCUAGUAACAAUAGACCGUUGUUUAGGCCAAGUUUUAUAUAAAUGUACACUUAACACACACACACACACAAUGACAUCCCCCCAACACACACAAGCAUACACACUCUAACGCGAAGGAGCAAAAGUUAGUCGAUUAAUUAGUUUAAGCAGGUAGGAGGUGGAAUUUUUUUGAACUCGAUUAGAGGAACAUUCUGUGAGAGAAAGUAAAACUAACAAAAAACCAACCUAGAAAACACAUUUAGACAGUGCGUGGCAUGGCCAUAAGGCGCUUUGUAAGAAAAGGUUCAAAAAGAUUGUGCAGACAUACAGUUUAAAAAGAAUAGUGUUCAUUUUUAAAUAUUUUCAUGACAGAUUGGAAUGUAAACUGUAUAGUCCACUUUAUGUUAUUUAUUUUUACUUUAUUUAUUUUCUGAUUCAUUUGUAUCGUUGUAGACCGCAAAACCUAGUUCAAUCCGCCCUACGUUUAUGGCGCGCACUGUUGCUAGUCUCUAAGCUCGGCAAACUAUCGUUUCCAACUAUCUAGACCUAAUGUACGAUUAUGAUCCAUCAACUAACGCGACUCUAUCAACUAAAUCAUAGGACACGGCAUUCAAAUGGGUUUCUUAGCACGAGAUAAAGACGAAAACUAACUUAAAUACAGAACAACAGAACAGGAUCUUAGCCAAACAAGGUACAGUUGUGUUCAGACACUUUCCCAAAAAAAGGCCCAAAUCGAAUAAAUAUUGAAAUUCGAGAAAGCAAAAUAAAACCAUUUAUGAGGACAAUAAAUAUUAAUGAGGAAAUUACGAAAACAAAAUAAAUAAAAACCAAAAGAAAAUGAAGAAAACUGUGUUCGAUACGAUUUAACUGAAGCAAACUUCUUUCUGGCACUGACUAAAAUACCAAAAUUUAAUUGAAUUUAGAUCAAGGCAAGGCAUAAAUGGGCGCUAUGUGGGCGUGGUCAUUAGCACAACAAUACCAACAGCAACAACAACAACAACACUAAUAUUUUAAAUGCGCAAAAUGUACUGCAAAAACCAAGAAGUGAAAAUAGAUGAAACACCUGUAUUUAUUUCGUAGUGCAGGCACUUUAUUUUUGAUUUGAUUUUCGUUACCACCCCCGCCCCUCUCACUAGGCAGUAGAACAUCUGGCGACAGUAUAUAUAUAUAUAUAUAUAUAUUUAUAUAUAUAAAUAUAAUUAUAUAUUUAAGCACGCUCAAAUAUGUAUGUAAAUAAGUUUCAAUUUGAUUUUUUUGAGAAAUAAAAUGUAGAACAAAUUGUGGCAAAGAUUUCAAGCAUUUCGAAAGCACUUGACUAACCGCAUGACUCGCUGGGGUUUUCGACCACAACCGAAGAUUGGUGUCGAAAUCGCGGCACUAUAAAUACAGAAGCGAGUGGAGAACCAGAACCACAACCACAACCAGACCCAUCCCAGUGCACCAUGACCCAGCCGUCGCAAGUGGAAGCGGAUCCGUAAAUAGAUCGUAGAUCUUCGGCAAAACAAUGCGAUCACAAUGCCAGACGGGAAGGUCAACAAUGGUCGGGCAAUCUGGCCAUAUGCAUCUACUCUCGCUUUAAAACAAACAGCACCAGCUGUAAGUGAACAUGUAAUUUAUGGCCAGUGGGACAACUGGCAGAUUCAGAGGCCUCUCUGCAGCAAAAACAAGCCCAAACUAAACCGAAAAACACACUUAGGGAAAGAUCAACACGAGGGCAGGAUUUAAAAAUGGAAUUCCGGAAAGGUAUACAAUAUUUCUAUUUCUAGGCCAACUGAAAAGAUCUUCAGAGCAGAAAACUUGGCCUUAAGCCAUCUUUUUAGCACAGAAUCAUAUUUCUUCUUAAACUUAGUAGAACAAACUUUAAAAGUAGCGAUAUUUUUUUAAGGCACCUUUAGCACCUUUAUUGCAAUCCCAAAUCUCAAUCGAAACUCACCUGUAUAGCUUGUAGCAGAGUCCGUGCUGCGUGAAAAAGAGGCCUCUUUCGCCCGGAUGGCUCCUGUUCCCGGUGCUCGGCUCAGUCAUGGUGUGGGCGUACUUGUAGAGGAAGGCGUACUGCUUGGCGAUGACGCGACACUGACGCAUUGCCAGAGCGGCUGCAGCGGUGCCCCGGAGGAGCUCCAUCUGCUUGGUGGUAAAGUAUAGCACGGUGUUGUAUUUGGCAGGCAGAACAUCAAUGUAGGGCCGCCACUCGCUGAACUCGCCACGGAUCUUCUCGAUGACCAGAUCAUAGGCCAGGUUCAAGUGGGUGGCCUGCGUCAUUUUGCCAAAUAGGCGGCAAUCGGAGUUGUUUUCCUCGGAUAAGAUGAGCUUCCGGGGCACGCUGAGCACCAGCUCAUCCUUGGCCAACGGUCGGGUGGCCCGCAGACCCAGUUGGUAGCCGGGAAAGAUGGCUAUCUCCAGUCCCUCACUGUGAACUCCGCCAUCUUUGGCCCACGCACUGAACGCCUCCACUUUGGCCAGACGGGUCUGAUCGUCGGGGGAAUCGCUGAUCUGCGGACACACUGCUUGGCUGAGUGGCUCCUCCAGGAUCAUGAUUUGUUUGAGCAGCUCCUGUAGCUGCCCGUACUGCUUCCAUUCCUCGUUGGGAUUCGCCGGUUGCUUUUCCACCAAGUCAAGCAGUUCCUCGACGAGCUUGUUUAGUUGGCUCCUCUUUUUGCCGUUUAAACUGGGCAACGAACUGGCCGCCUGCUGGUCCUCAAAAUCCUCGACUGCUGUGCCGGAUGCGGAUGCAGUUACUCCGUUUUGUUGUGGCUGCUGUUGCUGCUGUUUUGUCUUCUUGUUGCGCUUCGUGUUCUUACCCAUGGCGGUGCCGUUGGUGGGAGCGAGAGAGAAAGACAGAGAGAGAGGAAGACAGAAAGCUAAGCGGUACCGGCGGCCCAAAACAACAACAGCCAAAUAAGGAAAAUAAAGUCGAGAAAUCUGCACGCGGGCGAUCAGCUGGCCGGCAGUGUGGCCAUUCGUCGGGCGCCACUAAAUUACUCCGACAAUUGGUCACACAUUCGACGAGCUUUUAUGCUGAAAACUUUUUAAUAGGGGUAC